AUGAUUAGUAAUUUUCAACAACAAAUCGAUUCUUCCAAUCCAAAUUUUACAAUUAAAUUUAUUUUGGAACAAUUAAUUAAAUCAAAACAAAAACCUUUAGGUUUAGAAGGAAUUAAUGAGAUUGAAAGUGUUAAUGUUAAUUUAAUGGGAAUUGGUGGAUUUAUUUCUAAAUUAUUUAGAAUUAAAAUUAAAUUAAAUAAAAAUGGAAAAAAAGAAGAAUUUAAUUGUAUUUUUAAAAUACCAACAAUGGAAAAAUUGGAUGGAGAAGUAAAAUAUGACAGUAAAGGACGUGAAGAUUUAAUUGAAUGGAUAGAUCAUGUCCAUAAAUCAGAAUGUCGAUUUUAUGAUGAAGUUUUGCCAUUAAUUCAAACUUCACCAAUUUCUUUAAAUUUUCGAAUACCACAAGUUUAUGCCUUUAAAUAUUCUGAACAAUCCAAGGAUUUUUUACUUAUGGAGGAUUUAUGUUUUAAUAAUCAAAAAUUAUUUCAAGUAGAAUUGGCUGAUGGACUUAAUAAUGAACAAGUUGAAUCGGCAAUUUCUUCAAUUGCACAUUUUCACGCCCUUAGUUUAAGCCUUCCAUCAAAAUUAAUUGAUUCUUUUAAAAAUCAUCCAAAUUUGGAUAUCGACGAGAAAAGUUUAAAAAUAAAAGAAAGAAUAUUUUCUACUCCAGACACAGCAGAAAUGUUUAAAGGAAAUGAAGAAAAACUUUUAAAUUUAUUUGAUAAUUUUGGUAAUUAUAGAAUAGAUCAACACAAAGAGUUUGGAUUAGAUCCAGUUAUUGUACAUGGAGAUACUUGGUUUGUUAAUAGUUAA